UUGCUUUAAGUGUUUGUUACUUUUCUCUUUUUUGUGCUUAUUUACCUAAACAUUUUAUAGGAAAUUUCUCUUUUUUAAUGGGUUUUCCCGAAAUUACUAAAUUAGUUUAGAAUCAAGAGAUUGUUUGGAAUUAAAAGAUAUAACAGAAACCAUACCCGACACAGGAUGAAGAGUAUUACUAUUAUAUUGGUUGGUAAAACUGGCAACGGCAAAAGUUCAACAGGAAAUACUAUUCUGUGUAGAAGCGUUUUCAACAGCAUGGCCAGCACGUCAGCCGUCACCAAGGAGAUACAACUCAACUAUUCUGAAUACUUAGAUACUGUCCUUAAAGUUGUUGACACGCCUGGGAUACAAGAUUCAGAUUCUAUUCAGUCUUUCAAUGGAACUAUCAAACGAGCGAAAAGUCUUUGUCCUGAAGGCUUAAAUGCAAUAGUUUUUGUUAUGAAAUUCAACGGACAUGUUACAAAGGAAGAUCUAGACGCCGUAGAUGUUUUAAAAUCAAUUUUUGGAGAAGAAUUUAUAAAAAAGCAUUGCAUUUUACUGAUGACACAUGGAGAUAAUUUUGAUCUUGAAGAAAUCGAAAACUUUAAAGAUUGGUGUGACCUUCAGGAAAACAAGUAUUUAAAAAUUCUAUUGGAAUGGUGCGAGGAAAGGAUUUUAUUAAUUGAUAACAAAACUAAAGACAAAAACAAAAUUAAUAAUCAGUUAAAUUCUCUAAUAGAUUUAGUGAGUGCAAUGAAAGAAGAGCACGCUUCAGAGUCAAAAAUUUCUUUAGACAGAAGCCAAAGCAAGAAAAAGAGAAAAAAUGCAGCAUCGAAAGAUCCUUUCUUGAAAGAGGAAACAUUAAGGGAAUCCAGUUUGCUUGUCCAGCAGCUUGGGCAGAUUUCACUGAGUGACCCCAAAGGUCAGAAGAAGCGAAUGGAAAUGUUAAAGAAAAGGUCAGAGUCACUGUUGAAACAUAUUCGAGAUCAAGACAGAUGUUCAGGGACGUUUCGAGAGUAUAUGGGACAUGCUUUCAACAUUCGAAACAGCAUUGAAGAUCAACUCCUGAGCACGCUGGACGCAGUGGAGAUAUGUAAAGAAAGUAAAGCAAUGAAGAGCUCAGAGGAAAAAAAUGACAAAAUGGACAAGGCAUCAGACGACAUCCUUGUGUCGGUACGUCUGAUGGAGCUCAGGCUGAAGGAAGAUGCCUCAAGGGUAGAAGUUGAAAACAUAAACGUCCUUCACCGCUGGGUGACUGACAUCCUACACAGUGCCACUGCCAAUGCUUCUUAAUUUGUAUCUUUGAGUACCAGCAUGUAAACAACUCAUUUCUGAUUUGUACCGUAAAUAUGUAUGUAUGACCUCAUUACAAGAAGUCUUGUAUUAGUUCAUUGCAUGGAACUGCACAAUUAGAUAAUGAACAAUGCUAACAAAAAAGCCAAUUUCGAUGUGAUUCACUUGAGACUUACUUUGAACUAAUUCCAUAUUUACAACCGUAACUUUCUUAUCCAUGAACUGACUGAAGGAUUUUAUUGUCAGCCAGGGCGUGAUAACAUUUACUCCAUACCUCUCCCCUUUCAUUUCACGUAUUACUUGUGCCCAUGUUUGCGUGUGUCUCUUAUUAUUUAAAUAUAUAAUCAGCUAAUCAAAUUGUUAUGAUCAAAUAAUAUUACUUUUUUAUAUUUAAAGGAUUACAAGUAAUAAAAAGUGUAUAUUUUUUUUAAAA